AUGAGUGCCAUUCUCUCCGCCGACGACCUGAACGACUUCAUCUCCCCCGGAGUCGCCUGCAUCAAGCCUGUCGAGACCCUCCCCUUGGCCCCGUCCCCGCAAUACGACGAGACCGAAGUUAUCCUCGACGGCCAGCAACCCGCCGCCAGCAACCCCAACGAUCCCGCCCAGAUCUCCCUCACCGACUGCCUCGCCUGCUCCGGCUGCGUCACAUCCGCCGAGGCCGUGCUUGUCAGCCUGCAAAGCCAUGCCGAAGUGCUCGCCACCCUCGAAGCGGCGCCCGCUCUCCGGGUAGUGGGGCCGGACAACAAUGGCAAGUUCAGCGUACAGGGGCUGGAGAAUGAAAAGGCCAAGCUGUUUGUUGCCAGUGUGAGUCCCCAGACCAGGGCCAAUCUGGCGGCUGCGUGCGGUGGCAAUGUCUCAGAGAGGGAGGUGUCUCACAUGAUCGACAACUUGUUGAGGGGUCCAGACGGCAUUGCCAAUGGCGGCAAGUGGAAGAACGAGUUCACAUGGGUUGUCGACACCAAUGUUGCGAGAGAGGCAACCCUCGUCCUUGGCGCUGACGAGGUCCUCGCCGCUCAAGGGACUGCUGCUCCCAAAAACCCCAUCCUAGCAUCAUCAUGCCCCGGCUGGGUGUGCUAUGCUGAGAAGACACACCCUCAUGUCCUCCCUCACCUGUCCAAGGUGAAAUCACCACAGGCCCUCAUGGGUACCAUGUUGAAGACCACACUAAGCCGGGUACUGGACAUCUCACCAAGUCGAAUUUGGCAUCUGGCUGUCAUGCCCUGUUUCGACAAGAAGCUUGAGGCGAGUCGCGAAGAGUUGACCGAAGAAGUCUGGGCUGGGGGCCUUUCAGGAGGUCGAGGAGUUCGCGAUGUCGACUGUGUCAUCACAAGCAAGGAGGUUCUCAUGCUUGCUGAAUCCAGGAGACUCAAUUUCUUCGACAUCCCUAAAACACCCCUUUCCAACUCUACCUCGACGCCAUUUCCCGAUCCAAAAAUUAAUAAAUUCCUAUUCCCCCACAGGACUUCCAGGAAUCCUCCUCGCGAGGCUGGUUCCUCCGGGGGACUUUUAUAUCACAUCCUCCAAAGUCGGGCAGCACAGACUCCCGGCGCAGAGAUUGUCACCAGCCGCGGUCGCAAUGUCGACGUGGCAGAAUAUUCAGUCGUAGUUAACGGCGAGCCGAUAUUCAAGGCCGCUCGAUACUAUGGAUUCAGAAACAUCCAGAAUCUGGUCCGGCGGCUAAGACCCGCGCGGCCAUCACGCAUGCCGGGUGGAAAGCCCUUCGGCAGCGCUCGCAGGCCGGUUGGGAAAUCAGCCUCGCUUGAGCACAGCUAUGUCGAGGUAAUGGCUUGUCCGGGAGGGUGCACCAACGGCGGAGGCCAGGUCAAGGUUGACGACCCCGUUGUCAUGGACCGCAAGAAUGUGACCGGAAAGCCGGGUCCACAAGAACAGAAGGACUGGCUUGCAGAGAUUGACGAGGCUUACUUCUCCGGAGAGGAGGCCGAAGUCGAUAUUGGCGAGGAGGUUUCUGGAGAUAUCGUUGGUGGCAUCUCCCGCUCGUACAUAAAUGAUACCCUGGCGCAUUGGGCGGAGGUCACAGGCAUUGGCUUGGAUAGACUUGCAUUCACGAGCUAUCGUGAGGUGAUUAGCGACGUUGGAAAGGACAAGACCACAGAUACCGAGAGGGUGGUGCAGCUGGCUGGAAAGAUUGGAGGUGGAUGGUAA